CACGGACGCCCACUAUCCACUCGACCCUACGAUUCAUCACAGAUAACAUUCUUCACAGAAUAUGAGCAAAUACGCGAAGCUUAGAUCUUCGGGCAUGAUGCCCACCGUCGGCUUUGGCACUUGGCAGACCAAAGGUGAUGAAUUAAAGCAAGCUCUAAAUGCAGCAUUAGAAGCUGGAUAUCGCCAUUUUGAUACGGCUACUGCUUAUGAAAAUGAAGAGGAAAUCGGUGAAGUUUUGAAUGAAUGGAUGUCCUCUGGGAGAGUAAAACGUGAGGAACUUUUCAUUGUAACAAAGUUGCCACCCUUUGGCAUGCGACCAAGCGGAGUGCACAGAUUUUUAAAUGAGUCAUUGCGUAAAUUGCAGCUCGACUAUUUAGACCUUUACUACAUGCACUGCCCUUUUGGAUUCCGUGAAGGUGAUGAGAUGUAUCCACAUGCUGAUGAUGGCAGUAUUGUAUUGGAUAUGAAUACAGAUCAUGUGGCUAUUUGGAAGACUAUGGAAGAAUAUGUUAAAAAAGGAGUUCUCAAAGCAAUUGGUGUUUCCAACUUCAAUGCUCGCCAGCUUCAAAGAGUGUACGAAAACGCUGAAAUAAAGCCGAGCACGCUUCAAGUCGAAUUGCAUUUGUACAAUCAGCAGAAAGAACUGGUCGACCUUUGCCAAGAAAAAGGAAUGUCCGUAACAGCUUAUAGUCCAUUGGGCUCAAAGGGUUCAAACUUUUUGAAAGAUAGAAAGUCAGAUCUGCCGCCGAUGUCAAGCCAUCCGGUUGUAUUGCAAAUAGCUGAAACUCUAGGAAAAUCGACAUCGCAAGUUUUAUUGAGAUAUAUAGUACAAAAAGGGAUUACAGUUAUACCAAAGAGUACUACACCGAGCCAUAUUCAGGAAAAUAUCCAGAUAUAUGACAUGGAACUCACAGAUGACAUGAUGUCCCAGUUAGCAGAAUUAGAUCAGGGAGAAGCAGGAAGGCUGCUCCGCUUUGACUUUUUCAAAGGUGUGAAAACCCACCCAGAGUAUCCGUUUCCUACAAACGAGUGAUUU